AUGGAACAUUGGGCUCGCGCGGCUACAGCAGUGGGCGGUUUCGGAACAGACGCCGGUGUGGACACCGGGAUCUUGCUGUUCUCGGACCCGAUGCUCGGACAAAUCCUCGGGUCAAAGAAGGCACUCCAGCUAAUCUUGCCCUCAGCCAAUGACCAGAUCAGGCCUAUAGUUGAUCUAUUGAUAGCCUGUUGCGAGGGAGACAUUGUCACGGUAGAGAAUCGCUUACGGUCUGCUCCGUCGGAUGUCAACCUGUUAUAUCCGAAAGGUUCCUCCGGUGUUACCCCGUUGAUCUACGCCAUAUGUUUUGAUCAUGUUCAUUUGGCCGACACGUUGUUGACCAAGUUCAAUGCUGAUCCAGACACUUUCGACACCAUUGUGCACUACACGCCGCUUAUGUGGGCGGUUUACUUGAACCGGCUUGAAGUGGUGAAGCUCUUGUUGAGUGUGCAAGCUGAUCCAUAUAUGGCUCCGUCAAAGGGUGGGAAGAAUGCCGUUGAUUUGGUGAGUCCUGCUUCGCCUGAAAUAUACGAGUAUUUUGCUUCCCAUAACAUCUUUCCAAAGGGUCAUGAAGACGACGAAGACGGAGAAACAGCUGCAGUUGCAGCAGACGACGGAGUUGAUGCGGUUGCAGGCAACUUUCUGAAGCUUGAAGUGGACGACGCUAACCGUUCGCUUGAAGAACAAUUAGACGAAGAGUUCCUCAUGAAAGACCCGAUCCUACAACGAUUACCCGAGUUUGACUACGAGAAACUUGUACACGACGAGUUCAUCAAGUUUUCAGAGGCUGAUAUCCCCGAGCUUUUGGACUAUAUCUUUGGUAUUCGAACCACCAACUUAUCCUAUCAGCAUGAAACAAAGCUCCCUGCUGCCAUUGUCUUCCAGUUGAUACGAUAUGCUCAUAUGAAGUUGGAGAGUCAGGAAUUGACCAAUUUUGUGUUUGAAUGUUUCACAGGAAGACUAAGAUCCGUUACCAAUACUAAGUCCGGAGCUAUGAAUAUGGCGGUAGGUUCUUCCGAAGUAGUCAACGGUGAUAUUGUACUUUUAAGUUAUUGGCUUUCAGUGGUUGAGUUUUUACAUUUUUAUUUUACCAAGAGUGAGUUGUACCUAAAAUAUCCUACAUUUCUACAAGAUUUGAUCAAUAUUGCGCAGUCAAUCAUAGCUACAUUGUCGCUUUCUAUAAAUUCCCGACUCGUGGAUUUGGUGGAUGAUUGUAUUCUAAAUUUCACCAGUCUUGUGGAGGUUUCAACCGUGGUGUACGCCAAAGAUUGGAAUCUUUUUGGUAAAAAGCCAAAGUCUCAUCCAAGUACUUAUGAAGACAUCUUCAAUAUGCUAUAUCCGCCUUCAAUCACCGAUUUGAUGAAACCUUCCCCCAUCAAAUACAUUCAGGUGUUAGGGGCUUUGGAUUAUGUGCUUAAGAUUCAUCAAGUUGACAAUUUACUUCGAUUCCAAACGUUUCUGCAAGUCUUCUACUAUUUAAAUGCAGUGAUAUUCAAUAAGUUGCUUUCCCAAUCGAAAUAUUGUACGAGAUCCAAGGCUAUCCAGAUCAGAUUGAAUAUCUCUGCCUUGGAAGAUUGGUUGCGGUCUCAUAACUACAAAUUGUACCAACCAGAUAGAAUUGGAGGUCUUAAUUUGUUAUUAGGAAAUGAAGGCGAAGGCGUCCAACUACAUAAUAUACUUAAUGAAAAUGAUGAUGAAGAGAAUAUGAAGAAUCCUAAUACACUUAUAUUCUUUUACUCAUCAUUAUAUCAAAUAUGUCAUACUCAAUUACAACCUACAAUCGAGUUACUUCAAUGGCUACAAUGUUUCUCCCAAUUAGAUAAUGAAGAGUCUUUGGUUAGUACCAUUCGACAACUUGAGAAGCUCAACUACUAUCAGCUAUUUAAGGUGGUCAAUAAGCUUUAUAAAUAUGAAGUUGGAGAGCCCAAGAUGCCUAAGAAGAUUAUAAACAUUAUCAAAUCAUUAAUGAAUGAACAUGGAGAGAAACAAGUGAGUGCCAUUCCUUUACAUUACAUGACUCAAAGUACGUUUUUGAACAAGGAGAUUUACAUAUAUUUGAAUCCAAAUUUCAUCUUCAACGUGGCCUUACCCAAUAAGAACGAGUUGAUCACCACCUAUGGAGCAGGACUUGGAGGAGUCAAGGUUUACCGAAGCAAGAAGUUCCAGCCUUCGCUUCCACUUCCGAUCAUCGACGAUAUUGAUGAGCUUAUACGAGAAGGAGAUGAGUCCAGAGGGAAUGAAAGGAGUUACAGAGAGAACAGAGAAGAAGAGGAUGAAGAAGAACAUACUGAAGAAGAAGAGGAAGAAGAAGAAGAGGAUGAUAAUGAAGAGGAUGAAAACAGAGAACACAAUGAGGACAAAUACAUGGGUGAUUACUUAUUUAAGAAGGUUGAGAUGCCCGAUUCACUUGCCCAUAAGACAUGGGGCAAUGAUGACAUUGAAUCUAAUCCGUGGUAA